AAAACACACACACACAAAAGAAAGGCUCACAAUACCCACCUCCAUUUAGCUACUACUACUCCCUCGCUGUCUUCCCCAACCAACAAAUCGACCUAGCUAGGCACAAGAGCGCUAGACGCCGCAGCGCAGCACGCACCACCCACCGAGCGGCGGCGGAGGCAGGGCAAUCCGCAGGGAGCAGAGGCCGCGCGCGCAGGCAUGGGCGCGCCGGUGCACGGCGCCCUCGCCUUGUUCCUCCUGCUCCUGGUGGGGGCAGGGGCGGCGCCCGAGGAGACGGCGCCGCAGGAACCCACAUUGCCAGCCACCGGCUCCGGCGCUACCGGCGCAGCGGCGGUCGGAGUCAACUCCAACUCCGUGCUGGUGGCGCUGCUGGAUUCGCACUACACGGAGCUGGCGGAACUGGUGGAGAAGGCGCUGCUCCUGCAGACGCUGGAGGACGCCGUCGGGAAGCACAACGUCACCAUCUUCGCGCCGCGGAACGAGGCGCUGGAGCGGGACCUGGACCCGGAGUUCAAGCGCUUCCUGCUGGAGCCGCGCAACCUCAGGUCGCUGCAGGCGCUGCUGCUCUACCACGUCCUCCCCUCGCGCCUGCCCUCCGACUCCUGGCCCGCGGCGUCCCACCCCACGCUGUCCGGCGAGGAGGUCGAGCUCGGCGCCGGCAUGCGCGUCGGCCACGCCGCCGUCACGCGCCCGGACGCCGUGCUCAGGCCCGACGGGGUCAUCCACGGCAUCGAGCGCCUCCUCGUGCCGCGCUCCGUGCAGGAGGACUUCAACCGCCGCCGCAGCCUCGCGGCGAUCUCGGCCGUGCUGCCCACGGGCGCGCCCGAGGUGGACCCCAGGACGCACCGCCUCAAGAAGCCCGCGCCGCCGGUGGCCCCCGGCGCGCCCCCCGUGCUCCCGGUCUGGGACGCCAUGGCGCCCGGCCCCUCCAUCGCCCCCGCGCCGGCGCCUGGCCCGGGCUCCGGGAAGCACCACUUCGACGGCCACAGCCAGGUCAAGGACUUCAUCCAGACGCUGCUCCUCUACGGCGGCUACAACGAGCUCGCCGACAUCCUCGUCAACCUCACCUCCCUCGCCACCGAGAUGGGCCGCCUCGUCUCCGAGGGCUACGUCCUCACCGUGCUCGCCCCCAACGACGAGGCCAUGGCGCGCCUCACCACGGACCAGCUCAGCGAGCCCGGCUCGCCCGAGAACAUCCUCUACUACCACAUGAUCCCCGAGUACCAGACCGAGGAGUCCAUGUACAACGCCGUGCGCCGCUUCGGCAAGGUGCGCUACGACACGCUGCGCCUGCCGCACAAGGUCGUGGCGCGGGAGGCCGACGGCUCCGUCAAGUUCGGCCAGGGCGAGGGCUCCGCCUACCUCUUCGACCCGGACAUCUACACCGACGGGAGGAUCUCCGUGCAGGGCAUCGACGCCGUGCUGUUCGCGCCGGACGACACCAAGGCCACGCAGACAGCCGACCCUAACAGGAAGCCUCCCGCCAUCGUCACCCACAAGAAGAAGAUCAAGCUCCGGCGAGGCAAGUUGUUAGAGGCGACGUGCCAGAUGGCCGGGCUCUUCGGUCAGCGAUCGCGAUUCGCGAGCUGCCAGUAGACGGAGAAAGGAUCUGUUGAUCUCCACGACACCGAAAGACGAACGAACGAACGAACUGAUGGGCUGCCGCAGGAGGAGGGGGAGCCGUCCACAUUAUUGCUUGUAUUUUUUUUUCCACUCUUUUGUUUAUUGUUGAGAAUAAUAAUGAAUCAGGUGGGGGAUGUAAACUCUGUGGGUUGUUGUUGGUGUGUCGUCCAGAGGGAGAAAAAAAAGGAGAAAAAGAAAGGCAGCCAAAAAAAAAUUGUCCAUACAUGAAUGAAGAAGCCCAGGAUCGUUGUCUUUGUAUAGGAGAAGGAAUUGAAACGUUUUUGUUUUGUUUUCUUUUUCUGUCAUUCUUUGCUUCUGUUCCCGUUUUGACAAUGAGAAAUAUCGGGUAAAC